CCCCCCCCCGCCCCGGGCCUCCUCCUCCACCACCACCACCAUGGCCGGCUCGGGCGCGUGGAAGCGCCUGCGCUCCCUGCUGAGGAAGGACGACGCGCCGCUCUUCCUCAACGACACCAGCAGCGCCUUCGACUUCGCCGACGAGCCGGGCGACGAGCCGGGACUCUCCCGGUUCAACAAACUCCGCGUGGUGGUGGCGGCCGACGAGGACGCCGCGGAGCUGCCCCCCGCCGCCGAGAGGCCCCUGAACGGCGGGGGGACGCGCGCGCGCCCGGCCCCGCGGGCCUCCGCCGCCGCCGCCGCCUCCGCCGCCGACGACGACUCCCUCCUGGAUCACGACCUGCCCCUGACCCGCAGCCGGCUGAGCCUCAAGGCCGAGGACCCCUGCGACGCGUGCAGCCGGCGCCGGGAGCGGCUGAAGCAGAGAAAGGUGAAAACCAGGUUGACCAUUGCUGCCGUUCUUUACUUGCUUUUCAUGAUUGGAGAGCUAGUAGGUGGAUACAUUGCGAAUAGCCUAGCAAUUAUGACAGAUGCACUUCAUAUGUUGACCGAUCUGAGUGCCAUCAUUCUCACACUGCUUGCUUUGUGGCUGUCUUCGAAGUCACCAACCAGAAGAUUCACUUUUGGAUUUCAUCGCUUAGAGGUUUUGUCAGCCAUGAUUAGUGUGCUGUUGGUAUAUGUACUUAUGGGAUUCCUCUUAUAUGAAGCUGUGCAAAGGACUAUUCAUAUGAACUAUGAAAUAAACGGAGAUAUUAUGCUUAUCACCGCAGCUGUUGGAGUCGCAGUUAAUAUAAUAAUGGGGUUUCUGUUGAAACAGUCCGGUCACCAUCACUCCCAUUCCCAUUCCCUGCCUCCAGCCUCUCCCAGCACAGGUUCUGGUGGACACAGCCACGGGCAGGACAGCUUGGCAGUGAGAGCCGCAUUUGUCCACGCCCUGGGGGAUUUGGUACAGAGUGUCGGUGUGCUCAUCGCUGCGUACAUCAUACGAUUCAAGCCAGAAUACAAGAUUGCUGAUCCCAUCUGUACAUACAUAUUUUCACUACUGGUGGCUUUUACAACAUUUCGCAUCAUCUGGGACACAGUAGUUAUAAUAUUGGAAGGUGUACCGAGCCAUUUGAAUGUAGAUUAUAUCAAAGAAGCCUUGAUGAAAAUAGAAGAUGUAUAUUCUGUGGAAGAUUUGAAUAUCUGGUCUCUCACUUCAGGAAAAUCCACUGCCAUAGUUCACAUGCAGCUAAUUCCUGGGAGUUCAUCUAAAUGGGAAGAAGUACAAUCCAAAGCAAAGCACUUAUUAUUGAACACAUUUGGCAUGUAUAAAUGUACUAUUCAGCUUCAGAGCUACAGGCAAGAAGUAAACAGAACUUGUGCAGACUGUCAGAAUUUCAGUCCCUGAUUGUACACGUUUGGGGGCCUACUGCCUUAUUUAUCCACAGUCAUAGACUUGAGAGCAAUAAAUGCAAACCUCCGUGAGAAAGUGAAAUUGCUAACAGCUGUGUCCAUAGCAAGCACCAGUCUCAAAACAAUCACUCCAGCCUGCCUAUCUGAGACUCUGUUCAAUGUAAAGUGAGUCGUUACCAUGAUUGUUGGAUGAAGAUGUUUUCAAAAUACUGUUUACAGAAUGAGAUGUUACUCUACAGAUACCUCAUGGAAGACAAUCCAAUACCAUACUUCAUUAUUUGGACAGAAUAUAUGUCUUCAAGGAAGCAUCAGAAUUCAGUAUUUGCAUUUAAACAUACUUUUUAAAGGCCAUUUUAUAUCAAGCCAGUGCUAGCAAACUCAGUUGUAUUUUUUAAAUUAUGUAAUCUUGACAUCCAGCUUCUAGAUUGCUGCCUCUUUUUACCAAAAUUAUUUCUCAACAGAUUUCAGAAAGUACUAGUAAUUAUCCAGAGAAGGGAAUAAGCAUGUAUUCCUAUUUCAGAACUCUUCAUUUCACAAAUAAGUUUUAAUGUUAUAGUUAUACUUAACAGUUUUUCUAGAUAUUACUGAGUCUUGAAUCUCAAAGUUAGUGGGUUUUUUUUUUUAUUAUUUGUUAUCUUGUCAGAACAGAAUCCUCACAAAUUAUGGUCAUUGUCAUUAAGUUAUUUAGAAAAUACUUAAAAUUCUGAAUGGCAAAAAUUAGGCUUAACCUCAAGUUACCAUGUGAUUAUUUAAAGCAAAAUAAAGAAGGGAAGAUGAGAUAUGGAAUAUCUUCCUAAAAUCACUUUCAUUGUUUGUAAAAUUGUCUUAAGAUCAAUUAAGAGACUAGCAAUGAUCAUCUGUCCCUUUAAGAACUGCCAACAUUUUGUAUUGUUUGCUUGGUGCUGUAUGAGCCUCUGAGAGUAACUACAGGGUUACAGUUGAGUUUGACCCCUUGAAAGAGAGUAUCUGGUUUAUGAUAGGGGUUAGAGAUCUUUGGUGGAAACCCCAAGAUAGAAAUUUGAAGUUUUCCAGAGGGGUUAGAGGAGAUAGUAGUUUGAGAAAACAAAUGGUAACAGUUUUUGACUGUGUGUGUGUGUGUGUGUGUGUGUGUGUGUGUAAGAGAGAAAGAGAGCAGGAGAGCACACUGGGAUAAGGAUGGAGGCCAAAUCUGCCUUGUAGAGACACCAUAAUAUUUCCAAACUGAAGACAACCUAAUUGGGAACUGAUGUGUUAAAGAGGUAGCUGCGGAUAUUCAUGUUUCAUUUUGCAACCAUUUUUUUGAGUUGAUUUUGUGCACACUAGAACUCCCUGUUCAAUAUGAUUCUUGGCUCCCCAAAGAGUCGGAGUAGAGUAACAAUGUGCCAGCCAACUUCUGAAUUAAAUUUCUAGGUGGAUGUUCCAGAUGACUUAUAAAUGAGGAACUGGAAACAGAAUUCACCUUCUUACCACAUACUUUAUCUAAAAGCAAAUAAGGAGGCCUGAAUUUGCCUAAAAGGUUGCUGGGAAAAGAUAGUAUUAGAGUUGAUGGUAUCUGGGAAAAUUCAGUACAAGAUUUGAGGACAGAUGUAUUUAUUUUGCCUCUUGUACUCUGACAAAAACCCACAGAGAAAGAUGUUAACUUAGCAACUACAGACAGGGACUGCAUAGCUUCUGACAGCUCUGAUGAUGAGCUAUAGCACGUGGUGGUUCCACCUCUCAGCUGCGCCCUGGGAAACUUGUUUCUUACCCUGUGAAAGCAGGGGCUGAGUUAGACAAACACAGCAUUACUAAUUUUGUGCUUGCAAAACACAUCACAGCAGUUCUUCAGUACAGUGUUUCCUAAGUAAUAUUUGUAUACAUGAAUCUGAGUUAUUUGCAUACUUUUAUCUAUAUUUCACAACUCUGGCCAGGUACAGAUCCUUUUUGUUUCACUGAUGAACUUGCUUCCUUGAGAAAUGUAAUGGGAAUGCAGUUGAAUAAGAAAUUUCUGAGAUAUGAUAUGCAGUACUGGAAGCUAUUGUAAUUCCAACACACAUUUCCUCUAGCUAUGCUUCAUGUACUGUGAGGCCAUAUUUUUACAACUAUAGUCUCCAUGGGUACUGUGGGCCAACUCACUGGAUGUUUUAUUUUGCUGACUUUUUUCCUUGGAUACUUGUGUCUGUUCUCUACUACCAAGCUUCCUGCACUUAGGAGUCUUCUGUCUCUCCUACCCAGGUGCCCCAACUGGCACCUUGAGUAGAAUCUUCCCAGAGUGGACACAGGCCAAAGCAGACACAAAUACAUGAGCUGAGCUUAUUUUUCAGAGUAUGCACUACUAGGAAAUGUGUUUUUCUGGUGAGAGAGGGCCUUAAAAAAAACAAAACAAAAAAACCUAACCUGGUGAUUGUUCCUGACUUAGAUUGCUAUAAACUGAACUUCAUAAAGCUCAUGAGUGAGACAGCUGUACCCCAAUGUCAGCAAGCCCCGCUACACAUUGUCUUUGAGAUAACCAUUUGAUUAUAAAAACAAAACAUAGUUGAGCUACGUGACUGGCUCAUCAGAACAAGAAUUGGAACCCAUUAUAAAAAGUCUUAGGCGGUUUUGCUGUUCACUACCUUGCAUGUAGUAAAUACAAAGUUACAGAAUUUGGCCCUAGAUAAAAGAUUAUUUCCCUUGGUUCAGGAGGCAAGUCUGAUCUGAUAAUUGGGGAAACUUAAUAUCUCUAGCCGGAAACUGUUUGCAACUCUUAACUCCAGAUAAGUCAUGUGAAACCUGUCAGCCAGGGCUUUAGAUCUGGUUUCUCGGUCACGAGUCGAGUCUGGUGGCUCGUUGGUGCAAGAGCGUGAAGAUGAAAAGUUGUGGGAGUUCCUCAGGGUUGGGCUGUGUUGUGCGCGUUGGCCAGCCAGUCAUUGUGCUCUCUCGCUUACAAGUGGUUUAGCUCCUCUUCCAAUAAUCACAUUGUAAGGACCAACAGCUAUUUCCUGAUUUUCUUUUAGAUUGGAUAACGUGUGGAGGCUUUCCUAGCUAAAUCUGUGAUAGUGUCAAAUUUAAUUAUAACAACAUAAAAUUGAAAUGUGCCAGUAUGUCAGAUUUUCCACAUUCAUUCUGGAAGAUGCUGUAUAUUUGGAAAGCUUAGCCUUCUCUAAAUAAAUGUUAUUAAAUAAGCCAUAUCACAGUAUAAGAAGUUGUAUAUACUUUUCCAUAUUCCCCUUUAGAAGCCAAGUAAUUUACAAAUGAUUGAUUUUAGAAAGAUUUUUGAGACUGGGGUUUUAUCCAUGUAAUUAAGAUCAAACUAUAUGUACUGUAUUUGCGAUUUCAAAUUGUAAUUUCCUAUAUGUUUAUUAAUAAAGUGUCAUUUUGCCAUGUGGUUUAUUAAAAAAAUGUACAGUCCGUUAAA